UUGGUCAACAGGGUACAAGCUUCGUUGUUAUUAUUAUUAUUAUCAUUUUGGAGAAAGAAGAGGGGUUUAAGCUUGGGUUUUGGCUUGCUCAGCAUUAUAACUUAUAACGUGUAGAGAUUUCCAGAAAAAAGUUGGCCGUACCAAUGAGCCGUCUAGUGAGAAAGGAUUCAAUCAUCCGGAUCGCAGCAAUUGUAACUGCAGGGUCCGGUUUACUGUACGCUAAGAGAAGCUCCAAUUACAAAACUAAUGUAGCGGUGUCCAUUCCUGAGUCAUUCCGUGAUGAAUUAUCUUCUCUUCCGUGCCAAACCCUUGAAGGCAGGCUUCCACAACCUUUGUUUGGAUUGUCCUAUCCCCCCCAAAAUGGACAAAGGGGGAAAGAUGUAGGAGUGCUUUCUUUACUUUCAUCUAGAGAGGCUCCUAUCCCGCCACCAUCAAAUAUAAAAAGGGAUUCAGGGAUUUCUAAAGAUAGCCCAAAACCAUGUUGUGGAUGCUUGGGCAGAAAUACCAUUGCAAAUGCAGCUGCUUGUGUUGGUCCUGCUGUAGUGAAUAUAUCUAUUCCUAACGAAAAAAAUGGGACCGUUGGUGGAAAGGGUAUAGGCUCUGGAACUAUUAUUGACAAAGAUGGUACCAUUUUGACAUGUGCUCAUGCUGUAGUCGAUUUUCAUGGAUUACGGCCUUCAAUGAAAGGAAAGGUCCAUGUAACUUUGCAGGAUGGUAGAACAUUUGUUGCUUCAGUGAUGAAUGUUGAUCUACAUUCUGAUAUUGCUAUUGUUAAAAUCAAUUCCAAAACCCCACUCCCAACUGCCAAACUUGGCUCUUCAACCAAGCUUCAACCUGGGGAUUGGGUGCUAGCCAUGGGCUGUCCACUUUCACUUCAGAAUACUGUCACUGCUGGUAUAGUAAGUUGUGUUGACCGUAAAAGUAGUGAUUUGGGUCUUGGCGGAUUGAGGAGAGAGUAUUUACAGACAGAUUGUGCAAUUAAUCCAGGGAAUUCCGGGGGCCCUCUUGUUAAUAUUGAUGGAGAAGUUGUUGGUGUCAAUAUUAUGAAACUGCUUGCUGCUGAUGGUUUGAGUUUUGCCGUACCAAUCGACUCUGUCACCAAAAUUAUAGAGCACUUCAAGAAAAGUGGGAGAGUUGUUAGACCUUGGCUUGGGUUGAAAAUGCUUGAUCUUAAUGAGAUGGUCAUUGCUCAGCUUAAAGAGAGAUCUUCAGGAUUCCCAAAUGUUGAGAAAGGCGUUCUUGUUCCUUCGGUAACUCCUGAGUCACCUGGUGACCGUGCUGGAUUCCUACCUGGCGAUGUUGUCGUUGAAUUUGAUGGGAAGCCUGUUGCAAGUAUCAAGGAGAUAAUUGAUAUUAUGGGAGACAGGGUAGGAGUACCCUUGAAGGCAGUUGUGAAAAGAGCAAACAAUAAACAAGCGACCCUGACCGUAGUUCCGGAGGAGGUCAAGCAUGAUAUUUGAAUCAAAACGACACAAACCUUUCCUUUAUAAGUAGAAAUCAAAAAAGAAAAUUGUACAUUCAAUAAUUGGCUGAAAAAUCACAUCAUACAUCACAUACCGUGCAUCUCUCUUCUUCUUCUUCUUAUUAUUUUUUUUUUAAUUUUUAAGGGGAGAAAGAAAAAAGUGUUUAUUGAGGCA